AUGGAAAAUAUGAACCUGAAAGGAAAUGUAGAAGCUGUGGAUAUUGGUGACCUCAGGAGAGCAACUGGAAGAGCUGAACUUGGGCUGAGAAAACAUGCUGAAAAUUAUUUCAAUGCUAUAAACAGACAAGUGUUAACUAUUUCUUCUGCUGGCAAUAAAGAAGUAAAUUCCAAAGAGCCCCCAAAAUGGGGUCUCCAUGGUGGUGCUCCUCAGAAGCAGCUGGUGUUACCCCGAGUCCCUGCUGAGCCCCUGAGUGUCCAGGCAUGCAGCACACCAGCACAGCACGUGUCUCAGGGCUCUCAGCAGGUUGAAAUGGAUAUUAAAAUCAUGCUUGACCCAGAGACCAUGGAUAAUAAAGCUGGCUUAAAGCAUCACCAGGAUGAGACCAGGCUGCCACUUAUAACUAAGAAAAAAUCUACUCCUCUGGAAUGUAUAGGAAUUGUUCAGGAAUGUCAUCUUCUUGUAGGUGCUCUGAGCCUAACUGGCCAAAGGCUUCUCCUUCCAGCAGCCAAGAUAGCUCUCCAGACCCCUCCUGGUGUAUGCAAAGCAGCACCUUGCCCUGAAUUUCCCAGGCAGCACAAGAAAUCAGCUGUAGGGGAGAUUAGGCUGGAUCCUGAGAAUACAAAUACCAUCACCUUCCCAAACCCGAAGCAGGCAAUUUAUGGCACUUACUCCUCUAGCAGAGGUAGCAUUGCACCACUUCCAUCCAGCAGCUCCAUGGUUUCAGCAUGGAAAUCAAAGCCAGUGUGGAUGUAUCCAGCUCAGCAGUUGGAAUGUGAGGUGCAGAUUCCCUCUCAGACACAGCCUCUACAAACCUCUCCAUGUCACUCCUUCCAGGAUCCAUGCUUGGACUGGGACAUUGCUGUUUGCUAUGGCACAGUAGACCAGAAAUCUCCAGGUUUUCUGGCAUUCAAACAACACUAUCAUUUAUCUUGGGGGAGCAUUUUGGCCUUUUUGGAACACACAGAAAAGCUUCUCAAGGACUUUGCUGUGCCGUUGGCCAUGAUCAACUGCCAAAAGUUGGCUCAAGUCGCCUCAGAGUUUGAGCUUGAGGAGAAUCCCACCAAAAGUGCCAUUUUGUCAGUGAUAAAGAAUCAGUCAGCUGUGGAAAAGAUCUUAAAUCGACCUGGCCAAAGAUACAAAGGCCAAGGGGGUCCUGAAGUGGCUGCUAGGAAGAUCCAAGCGACGUGGCGCCGCCACCGGGCCGGGAGAGCCGCAGCGCGGUCCAGGCAGCAGCAGUGGGCAGCAGGUGUGAUUGGAGCUUCUUGGCACUUGCAUCAUCACAUGGCACAUGUGAAAAAGGCCCUGAAGGAAUCACGUCAGAGACACCUGGAGAAUCUCUCAGUCAGGGCCAAGCAUCUGGCAGCCAACUGGAAUCGCAUCAGGACCUCCAGGAGGACUAUUAUCCAUAUCCCAUCAUUAGGAUAUUCCCAGUGCAUCCGUGAGCAGAUCCCUGAUCUUGCUCUGCAGCAGAACAUGCAGCUGGGAAGGCUGUGUGACAUCCUGGAUGCCAACGUGGAUGUCAUCUACAUCUGCCCCCUUCGACUGAGUGAGGACUUACUGCAGUAUUACCAUAAGCUCCUGGGUCUGCAGGCAGCUGUUAGAUCUGGGAACCCGGAGGACAUGGCUGACCUGCAGGACAGGUUCAAAAUUCUCACCCCUGAAGCUAUAAACAGCUUCCCUCAGCAUCACAUGUGCUUGGCCACUCAGCUCAAGUACAGUCCAAAGACAAUCCAAAGAAUCCAAGCUCUGAUCCAGGGCAGAGAUGCCUACAUGGUUGGGGGAGUUCCCCACCAGGAUGAAUUAGCAGUGGCUGAUAUGCUCCAGGUGCCUAUUUUGGGCUCAGGGCCAGAAGUGGCUCAGCAAUGCAGCACCAAGUCUGGGAGUAAAAGGAUUUUUGCCAGUGCUGGUGUGCCAACCCCUCCUGGAGAAUCAGACAUCCACAGCCAAGAACAGAUGGUUCGUGCUCUCAGCCGACUCAUCCUGGACAACAUGGAAGUGCAGCGUUGGCUGUUCAAGGUGAAUGAUGAAUCUGGAGGAAAUGGCACUGCCUAUUGUGAUGUUAUUUCCCAUUUGGAAUGCUACCACUGGGUCCAAAAGGAACAGCAGAGACACAGCCCUGAAAUGUGGAGGAAGAGCCAAGCAUGGGAGCUAGCUUUGGUGGAGAUCUCCCAGGAGCUGCCAGGCCUUUUAGCACAGCACGUACAGCCACUCAAUGAGAAACGAUUCCCUACAUGGGAAAAAUUCCUCCAAACAUUUCUUACUCAAGGUGGUGUGAUCGAGGCCUUCCCACAUUCCACCAGAGUCACAAACCUGACCGUGGAUAUGCUGAUAGAGCCAACAGGAGAGAUACAAAUAGUGUCAUCUGGAGACCAGCUCCAUGCUGAUGGUCCCUUGCGAUCCUCUGGCACCACCAUUCCACAACGUUCUGUCGACCCAGAGGUUCUCACCUCGCUCUGCUCGAAGAUUGGAGAGACCUGUAGAUCCAAAGGAGUGCUUGGCUACUUCUCCGUUGAUUUUGUGACCUUCACCCAUCCACAAACGAUGGAGCAGCAGGUGUGGGCAACAGACCUUGACCUUUGCUAUAGUGACCAGCUGGCCCUGACUCAGCUCGCAUUGUACCUGACAGAUGGAAAUCUGGACUGUGGCUCCAGCUGCCUUGGAGCACCUCUUGGUUCAAAGCAAAUCCAGUGCCAAAGGAUUCAGCAUGAGAGGACAAAAACUCCUCCCCCAAGAAGUACUCAGUGUGCAGUGAUGAGCACUCAGCUGAGGCACUCCAACCUCUCAGGGAUCUACUACAACCUUCUCCUCCAGAGGUGUAAAGCUCAUGGGGUUGGAUUUGACAUCCAGGAAAAACAGGGAACAGUUUUUCUAUUGUAUGAUGACCAGAAGCAAUACAGAUUGGGAGUGAUAACAAUCGGAGAGGAUCUCCAGGGGGUCCUCCUGACCUUUGCUCGCAAUCUCUUCAUCAUCCAUCAAGAAAUAUCAGCACCUAAUACGCAAGGCGAGACCAAUUUUAAGAUGGCAAUUCGAGAUAUUGAAGCAAUUCUAGGAGUUACAGCAGAAACCAAACUGAAAUUGGGAGAGGAGCAACCUUAGGAAGCAGAUGCUCUGAAAGAAUAGUUAACAGAAAAUGUUUAAGUGCCUCAUUCCUUAUGCUGCUGGAAUUGCAUCCUCAUCUGUAAGAACAGGUUUGCUUUUCCUCUUGGGUUCCAGUAUUAGCUGAGACAGUGCAUUUCCAGGAUUUCUGGGU